AUGGCAACCAUUGGUGGUGGUGAUAGUAUUUCAAUUACAAGUGGUUCAACAAUUGCAAUACUUCAACCCGAUGAACCAACGCUUGUUGAUUAUUAUCACCAGUUAAUUAAUGGAUUAUUAAAUAGAUUUGUAAACUCGUCAUCUUCAUUCACAACUGAAUUAGUUUAUAAAUUUUGA